CGAUUCGCCGCACGAAUACCGAGGCCAGGGAACGCGCAGGGGCAAAUGUACGGACGGCCCCGCCGCCGCCGCCGCCUGCUCCAGGACGCCGCCACGGCUGCCUUCUAGACGCCCCCGCCGACGCGGCCUCCCGGCUCUUCUAGCCCGGCUUCUCGGAAGCUCCGGCCGCCCGCCGGCCCAGUCGACGCCGCUGCCCCGGGCGGGGCGUGGGGGCGCGGGAUGAAGGGCCCGGGAACGGCGGCCGGCUCCGCGGCCCCGGCGGGGAAGAGGCGGUGGCGGUGCGUGGCGGCGGCGGGCGCCGCGGUGGCGCUGGCCUUCUUCUCCGUCGUCGUGCCGCUCGCCGUGCUCCUCGGCCUCCACGCGCGCUUCCCCUCGAUGUACUUGGUUGACGAGAGCGCUGUGUCGGUUUAUGACGGCAGCGAAGGUGGUAGUUGGGAGCCAAUUCCGACGGAGGAAAAUGACACAUUGCAGGUCAACAACACCGUGAAGGAGUUUGUGCUGCCUACUCCGAAGGAGUGGACCAAUACAAAUGGCAGUCAAUCCGACACGGUUAUUGGUAAUAUCUCAAUUCAUCCAGCUUCUCCUAUCCAGCAAGAUACAGUAUUGGAAAAUUCUUCGUUGCUCAAUCUUUUGCAGAUUACUGGCACUUAUCUGAGGGACAGUUUUGAGCAAGGUUUACCUGGUGAUGAGAAUGGAAAAUCCUGUCAGCUUGAGUUUGGAAGCUAUUGUCUUUGGUCUGUAGAACAUGAGGAAGUCAUGAAAGAUUUCAUAGUGAAGCGACUUAAAGAUCAGCUGUUUGUUGCGAGAGCUUACUAUCCAAGCAUUGUGAAACUUGAUGGAAUGGAAAACCUUUCACAUGAAAUGAAACAAAAUAUCCAAGAACAUGGGCAUAUGCUUAGUGAAGCCAUAUCUGAUGCUGAUCUUCCUGAACUUCAUAGAGUCAAUAUGGCCAAGAUGGAUCAGACAAUUGCUGCAGCUAAAUCAUGUGACGCAGAAUGCACUAAUGUUGAGAAAAAGCUGACGCAGUUGCUUGAUAUGACUGAAGAUGAAGCUCUUUUUCAUGCAAGACAGAGCGCUUAUCUUUACAGGCUUGGAGUUCAGACAUUGCCCAAGAGCCUCCACUGCCUUUCAAUGAGAUUGACUGUUGAUUACUUCAAUGCAUCAUCUGACAUGGAGCAUUCAGAUGCUGAAAAGUUUGGAAAUCCAGCAUUCCAACACCAUGUCAUUUUCUCCACCAACCUUCUUGCGUCAUCCAUGACUAUCAACUCAAGUGUGAUAAAUUCUGAGGAAUCAGCAAAUAUGGUUUUCCAUCUGAUGACCGAUGGACAAAACUUUUAUGCAUUUAAGAACUGGUUCAUCAGAAAUUCCUACAAGGGAGCUACCAUAAGAGUCCUUAAUUUUGAAUAUUUGCAAAUGAAGAAUUUGGGUAAUGGGAUAGUUGAUCAAUUAUCACCAUCUGAAGAGUUCCGAAUCACCUCCAAUAGCAAUGCUCUAACGUUAAACACUCUUACGAGGACUGAGUAUAUUUCAAUGUUUGGGCACUCCCUUUUCUUGCUUCCUGAAUUGUUUACCAAUCUUAAAAGGGUCAUUGUCUUGGAAGACGAUACUAUAGUCCAGAGAGACUUGUCGCUCCUGUGGAACCUUGACUUAAAGGGAAAAGUGAUUGGUGCUGUCCAGUUUUGUCAAGUUAAAUUUCAUCAACUCAGAGCAUACUUGCCUGACUUCCCCUAUAAUUCUAGUUCAUGCAUAUGGAUGUCUGGAGUGAGCAUUAUUGAUCUCGAUGAAUGGAGGGAACAUGAUGUCACUGGAAUUCAUCACCGAAUUCUAGAGAAGCUGCGACAUGACACAGAAGCUUCCUGGAGAUCUGCAGCACUCCCUGCAGGCCUGCUUGCUUUUCAAAAUCUGAUCCAUCCUAUUGAAGGCCAGUGGGUUCAAUUCGGGCUUGGCCAUGACUAUGGACUCGCUCAUGGUGCUAUAAAGAAAGCUGCCAUAUUGCACUACAAUGGUAACAUGAAACCCUGGUUAGAGCUUGGGAUACACCGGUACAAAAAAUACUGGAAGAGGUACCUGCCAAGGGAUGAUGUAUUUAUGAUGGAUUGCAAUGUAAACCCAUGACAUGGCACAUUUUGAGUUUUGGGAUUCAUAAACUCUUGUUUGCAAGGGAUAAAUCAUGCAAAAAUGGCAAGAGCAUGCAUUUGUAUGCAAGGAAAGUUUCCAUUUUAUAUCUGAGGGGAACUCCAGUGCAGAAAUCCUGAUUGCUCAAGAUGUUGCUGAGAUGCGAUGGAAAUUUGCUGCGACUUUUUGCAGAUAGGUUGCCUAUCAUUUUCUGACUUAUGUACAGUGAGCAACACCACAAUUUGGUUGAGGAUGUGUUGUAGUUAGUUGAGUCUUGGGUGGUAGAAUGUAGAUUCAGUAGAUUAGGUUCUUUGGAAUAUUAAUCACAGUUUUCCAGAAUAAGCUUGUGCCUGCCUUAUUGUAAUCUACUGUCUCGUUAGUUUUUGAUUUAAUGGCAAUUAAAUUAGUGCACGUGCAUGGAUACAAUUGACA